AUGGAACAAAACAAAAUGGAUUUGAAGAAGACAUUCUUUGUUCUAAUUUUAUACAUGUACCUGAAUUAUAUUGAAGCUUUCAAAAAUCCAGUGUGUUUUAACGAUAAAACAGGAGUAUAUGAGUGCUGUCAGGAUUACAGGAAUGUUUCUGGAAAAUGCGAAGCUUGCAUCGGUUCAUGGGGAGUGGAAUGUCGGAACAACUGUACACGCGGUUUUUAUGGACACGGAUGUCGUAGUAGGUGCAGUUGUAGUUAUAAGCAGACAUGCGAUCCAAAACAAGGAUGUAUAAAGUCACUUGAGGCACCAUUAAGCACUACUCCUAACGCAGAUCUGGGUGGUUUUACGACCAUAAAAGAUUCCUUGCUAGUUGUCAGUGGUUUUCUGAUUUUACUUCUGCUGUGUACUAUUCUUAUUUGUAAUCGUAAAAUGAGAAAGCAAAGUAAACCAAUAAAGACAUAUGCAGAUGGACAAGAAGUAAUCUACAAUGAUAUCAGGGAUUUCCAAAUUGUUGAUAAUAGCAGUGUUACAUCAACAAGAGUAUGUAAUUUGCAUCCCAACUUAAAUGGAGUAAUAACACCAGUAGAAACCAAGAAACCAUCUAACCAGGCUAGAAUACCACUUACCCGUUCAAAAACACUGGAUCCAGAGGGAUAUGGAAUUUGGUGCAAGGGAUCUGAUAAUUACAACCACAUCAAUUUCAAGAGCGAAAAGCAUUUGUCUUCGUAUUCAAACGUAAUGACAAACGAUUAUGACGUUUUUAAGUCGCCAAGAACAUCCCCUGAAACUCAAAUUAACGACAACAAUUGCGAUGAAAACCAACAGUGUAAAGAGGAAACGUUUGAAGAAAUUGAAAGGAUAGUUCAUCCAAUCAGAAACAAACGAUCUAUGGUGAAUCGGCCGUACAGUUCAGUGAAAUGCAACAGAACGUUAAAUUUUUAGUAAAAUACAGAGCAAAACGAACAACAUAUGUUUUUUUGACGGGAUAUACAGUAUUAGGAGCGUUGGGAAAUAUA